AUGCUUCCUAAGGUCCUGCUGACUGUCCUGUGCUUGGGAAUAGCUUCACCUGCGCCUCAUGUUGAUGUUGGUUUGAACGCACUGUGGUCCCAGUGGAUGGCAAUGCACGGGAAACUAUAUGAUGUGGAUGAAGAAAUAGGGAGGAGAGCAGUGUGGGAGAAGAAUAUGAAAAUGAUUGACAAGCACAAUCAAGAAUACAACCUAGGGAAUCACAGCUUCACAAUGGCAAUGAAUGCCUUUGGAGACUUGACCAGUGAAGAACUCAGGCAGGUAAUGAAUGGCUUUCAAAAGCAGAAGUACAGGAAGAAGAAAGUGUUCGAAGAACAUCCCCUUGCAGAGAUCCCCCCAUCUGUGGACUGGAGAGAGAAAGGCUACGUAACUCCUGUGAAGGAUCAGGGUCCAUGUGGUUCUUGUUGGGCUUUUAGUGCAGUUGGCGCCCUUGAAGGACAGAUGUUCCGGAAAACUGGCAAACUUGUGUCACUGAGUGAGCAGAACCUGAUGGACUGCUCUGAACCUCAAGGCAAUGGUGGCUGCAGCGGUGGUGUAAUGGAUUAUGCCUUCCAGUAUGUCCUUGACAACAGAGGUCUGGACGCAGCGGAAUCCUAUCCCUAUCAUGGAGCGGAUGAACCCUGCAAAUACAAAGCUGAGUAUUCUGCUGCCAAUGUGACUGGCUUCUAUGACAUCCCUGCUCAGGAGAAGGAUCUUGAGGUCACAGUGGCAAACAUGGGGCCAAUUUCUGUUGCUAUAGAUGCAAGCUCAUUAACAUUCCUAUUCUACCAACAAGGCAUAUAUUAUGAUCCAAACUGCAGCAGCCAAAAGCUGGGUCACGCUGUUGUGGUGGUUGGCUAUGGCUUUGAAGGAGAAGAAUCAGAUAACAAUAAAUAUUGGAUUAUCAAGAACAGUUGGGGUACAGACUGGGGCAUGAAUGGCUACAUGAAGAUAGCCAAGGACCAGAACAACCACUGUGGAAUUGCCUCUGUGGCCAGCUAUCCUGUUGUGUGAGAUGAUGGUGAUAAUGAAGGACUUGAUUGAGAACAGAAUAUCCCUGGGAGGAAUUGUAUCUGAAA